UCUAUAGAAGGCAUUUACAAGACAGAAGAUCGGCAACGUUUAUCUCCUAUCUUUCUCCACUGCCUUAAUAAUGUGGAACUCACUAUGAUUCAAGAAACACAGUAAAUUGCAUAUCUUUUUGGAGCUCCUUGUGUAUCUUUCUGGAUGCAACACGUUGCAUUUGAGAAGAUACAUAAGUGGAAUGUCAUCAGCCCUUCCUCCAGCGACAACAAGAUGCGCUACAUGUUCGAGACCAUGCAGGCAUGCAGCACCAAACUGGGCGAGCACCUGUCCUCUCUGGUUCCGCGGGGUGCUGAAGGAAAGACCUUGAAAAUAAAAGAGAUAACAAACAAUUACGGGCUGAAUGUGAUUGUCUCCACGGCAGUUGGCAUAGAUCACAACUCUUUCGAAAAAGAGAACCCACUUGCUGAUGCUGCACUCAAGGUCACUGACCCCGACGACUUGAUGCAGGGUCUACGGUUUAUUCUCUCGUUUGUGAGUCCAAAAAUCGCCAAAUUCUUCAACAUGCGGUUCACGCCGAAGGGCGUCUCAGACUUCUACAUCGAUAUGGUGGACAAAAUUGUCAACUAUCGAAAAUCACAUAAUGUGGUGAGGAAGGAUUUCAUGCAGGUUCUUCUCAAUUUGAACGAGGAGAUUGAAAAAAGCAAAGAGUCGGACGGCAGAGCGUUGAGUUUGGAUGAAAUGGCGUCGCAAACUUUCCUGUUCAUUCUCGCUGGACAUGAGACUACUUCUGCAUCUUUGUGUUUCCUGCUUUACGAGUUGGCUGUUAAUCAAGAGAUGCAGCAAAAACUGUAUGAUGAGAUCAAAGCUGUGGAUGGAGACAUAACCUAUGAAACUAUUAAAGAACUGGAGUACAUGGACAUGAUAUUCAACGAAAUGUUGAGGAAUAUCCCGCUGCGCCAGUACUGAUUCGGCUAUGUGUGAAAGACUUCAUUCUUCCCAAGGUUUUCUA